UAUACUACUGUAGCUACCCUUUUAACCAUAGAGCACUACAACAUAAACAGUUAAAACGCUUUAUCUUAAAAGAGGAAGUAUUGGAUAAUAUUUAGCUAUAUUUAAACUAUAUCUUUGGUAGUGAAGAAGUUCAACAAACUGAUAUUCUACACGAACGAGGUAUGCUCAUUUGCUCGAUUAAAACGCGAUGGCAGAUGAUCUGAAAUUUGAAGACAAGACACAAACAAUAUCAGAUAUUCUGAAGACAAAUGAAUUACCUAUGGUGGUAAGAAUAUACGAAGAGAAGAAACAUGACGAUGAUUUUGACAUUUGUCGUUCAAGAAUAUCAGGAAAGACGGAAGUGUUGUUUCAGACAAAGCUUAAAGUGAAGUAUGGACAUAUAAGGAUUUUGAAGUAUUACGACAAUGAUGUUGUACAAAAGGAGAAGGGACCAGAAUACGUUCUUGAACAUGAUACAUAUGUAGAUGAAAAGUUUUUGAUUCCAUUGAAAUACAGCGGUAAAGUGAAUUUUGUGCACCGGCCUGGAAGCUGGAGAAGAUAUGCGAUGAUAUCACAGGUUUUGAGUGAACUGCCUCGUUUUAUAACUGUUGCUCAAGACGCGGUUGCGUUUCCGUCAAACGGCAUCGGCAAAAACGUAAUUGUUCCCGCAAAGACUACGUUAGAACUGGUACGUAAGUUCAAACUACCAAACGAUAAUACGACAUACCUGGAGUGCAGUGAUGGACACGUAUCUUACUCUUUUAGCGAGAGGGAUCGAAUCAACUGUACUGAAGUAGAUGAUACAAAGUUUUAUCAUUUAUUUGAACUUGUUCGUUGCAAGAUGCUACCGAAAGUGAUUCUUUUUCAAGAGGUUGAUCCAGAAGACAUUAUUCUAAUGGACAAUGAACUUAACAGUGCCAUGCUUACUAGUGUGGAAGGGCCUAUAGAACUUCUCGGAUUUGAAGAUGUUGAUGUCAUUGUUGGGUGGGUGAGGGACAAGGAGUCUAAGACCUACAAGACCGUGCUUAUACCUAGCGGACUUUGGAAUGUGUUACUGGUACAGGAGAGAAGUCUACAUGGGGAAGAAGAAAAGGCAAAUUUUAUCGCAAAGAAAUACAAGCAUUGUGUUGAAACUGGCUUCAUUGAAAAGUGUUUAUACUGGAUGUCACCGGACAAAUGUCAUGUCACUUGGCUUAGAAGUCCCGAUUUCUACAAGCGAACUAUAAAUGGGAAGCACAUGUUUGAAGCAAUAACAAAUGAUUUUCAAGAUUCAACCGAUGAUGAACCGAUGUGUGACUAUGAAGAAAUCUUUGAACCUCCGCCGCCCCUACCAGAGAGACACCCAAUCACACACGCAGAUAUUCAAGAACAUGAAAAGCGCCGUCAUGAGAAGAAAUCACUAUUCAGAAAAGUACAUAAAGAGCUUUUAAGCAUGUUCAAGCAUAAGCACUCGAAGAAAGGCCAUCAUGAGAAUGAGCCACCCAAAAUACCAGAAAGACCACACCUACUUUUAUCAACUGAAAGUGAAAAUUUGACAGCAAAUGACAAUGGGUUUAACAGUUUAGCAAAUAACAGCAAUGCGCUUGGUUCUCCAAGAAAGAAUCAUACAUUUUCGGACAGCAAUAGCUGUUCUGCGUCAUCCCAAGACAGUGAUAUAUAUCAAUAUGGCCAAUUGCCAGAGUCUGACGAUGAAAACCAUGAUUAUGAUUAUCCAGAAGUUGACCGUAUAACAGACAUGUUUCGAGCUGCUACUCAACGUAGACCAUUACCAGCACCACCUUCUGAAACGCCAGUCACAGUAUCAGUCACAGAAACUCCCGCAACAUCAGCAACUGUGCCUGAAAAUCUUAAUCCAAAACCACCCGAAAGUGAGGGUCCGAAGUAUGUAUCGAUGACAAUGAAACAAGCUGAACAUCUUUUUCGAGACAAUCUUACACAAGAUGACUUCUUUAAGUACACAGUGACAGAAACGUCUCAUUGUUUCAAACAUUGUGGUCUAGAAAACUUUGCAGAAAAAUGUCAUGAAAACCGACUGGACGGUAGUUUCUUUAGAAACUUUGACUUAAAUGAGCUGAAGGAGGAUCCCUUCAAACUAACCGGGUUUCAAAUUUUGAAAGUCAAGAAAAUGAUCUAUGACGGAUGGAGACCAAAGGUCUAUAAGUUAAGCAAUCACGAAACUAUAUAAACAUGAUUAGUUGCUGUGCAGAUUGAUGGAUCUGUCCACCUUGAAUGUUUUUUCACCAAUGUCAUUGUUUACUUAUUAUCACGUGGUUGCCGUGUAACUUGUUAUCAGCAUGAUUACCCUACGUUCGUCUUUGUAUUACAGCUGUAUGUAGGCAUGUAUGUUUAACUUUGCUUACAAUAUCUGCUAUGUAGAUUUUAAAGAAAUAUUUUCUCUCAGUGCGGCAAUUUAUAUUUACAUAUUUACAUGCUCUAUGUUUUUGUAUAGAGAGAAAAAAGCGUUGUAAACAACAUUGGUGCAACAUUUUCAGUCGAGAUUGCACGCGCCAUCUGACGUCAUUCACAAAACAAAACAUUAACAAAAUGAUUGAAAUGGCGUCAUUCGAAAGUAUCUUUGAAAAUUUGAUACUAAAAUUUCAAAAAAAGAUCAUUAAAUUAAAGCUUAUACUAAUUUUUCUGACUGUAAGGAUCAAAAUUGAAUAGACACUAUAUGGAUUUAAGUAUAUUUUAAAUAAAAAUCAAGAAAUGUGCGAAUUACAAUUUAAUGCGAUCAGGUAUGUUUGGCUGUUGAAAAGAUUGACAAUAUGAUAUUUAUUUUUAUUCUCCGAUACUCGUGGAAAUCAACUCAUUUAUUUUUGUAACAACCUUUUGUAAAAAUGUGAACAUAUGGAUUAAAUGCUAUUAUUCUUGAGCGUUUAGACGGGUAUAAACAAUUUUAGGACUUUUUGCAAGUCAUCCAAUAUAGCUAAACGCACGGAAAGUAGCAGUGAUAUAUUUUUAAACGGAUUAUCUCUAAACAGAUGUGUUUCAAUUAUAACAAUAUCACCUAAUACUCCUGGCAUUGGUCAUGUACCCGUAUGUAGAAUCGGUGCAAUAUGACAUUGACAAUAAAUAAUUGUGCAAUUGAAUGGGGUAUAGUUCAACACUAAAUUCUGAUUGGCUUAAUUCAAAUCAAAGGAAAGAAUAUUGAAUUUGUUUUUGAUGAUAAGUACCAAACAUUUAUUGAAUGACUUGCUUCGGACCUCCGGCAAUAGCUUUUACUACUGACCAGGACGUCAUUCUAUACUAUAUGUAACCCGGCAGGCAAUACUAACUUGUAUAACACGAUAUCAACUGUGCAAUCACUUUUUUGCAAUAUCGCAUUGAAUAUAAGAUGUGUGUUAAGCAUGCACAUAAUGCAUUAGAGCAUUGAAUAGACAGAAUGAUGUUUUGUAUGAUGAUAAAUAUUUAUGUUUUGAAUGAUAAAAUUCGGAAACAAUUUCAGUUCUUCUCUUUUGUGUGAUAACUUAUUAAUAUAUUCUCCUUUAACGCUUUUGCUUAUGCUAAAGUAAAAAUACACUAUA